AUGCGUUUCUCCCUGAUCUCCGUUCUCUCCCUCGUCGGCGCCGGUAUGGUGUCCGCUCGUCCUUCCGAGGGCUCUAUGCUCGCCAUGCGUGAUUCCACUGAAAGCAAGGUCAAGGCGGCCGACGCUGCUCUGGCAGGCCACAAACUCGAGAACGAGUCUGAGGUCUCGGAGUGUAUCGCCCCUCUGCUUUGCUGCAGCUCUCUCACUACCCCUCUGGAUCACAUCGUGGAUCCUAUCCUGAAGGAUCUUGGCAUUGACGCCGCCAAAAUUGUCGGAUCCAUUGGUCUGCUGUGUGACCCCUAUACUUCCGCUUGCACCUCGGCCCCUCAGUGCUGUACCGAGGCCAACCUGCUGGGUGGUGCUGUUGCUCUCGGCUGCUCCGAGUACAAGGAGGAGGAGGAAUAG